AUGCCGCUCGGGGAAGCUCCACCGCCAGCUUUUCGUGGCAAAAGAGGAUGGAACAGAAACACACGAACAGUGACCAGUCGUGGACCAGCCUGCUGCAACUGCGCAACCAACCCAGCUGACCAUUAUACCGCCAAGGAAUAUCAUGCCCGACAGCGUUCAGAAUAUCCACAACAGGAUAUCUUUCAGUCGGGCUAUGCAUUUGUGCAAGAACGUCCACCGGAUUACAUACCGAGCGCUCUACUUGCUCAGAGAGACAUUAUUAGAGCAUUUUGCUCUGCCACUAACCCUAACUCCGUCCCGACGCUUUCCGCGUCAAAUGGGGAGGCACCAGUUGGUCAAUUCUCCCCCUCUCUUAUGGAUCAGCUAUUGCAACAUCUGCAACAAGGUCUGCGCCCUCCGGUGGAUGCACCUUUACAUACAGAAGCAGACAUAUUUCCCCAGUCCUCAAGUUGUUUGGGAUCUAACAUCUGUGCUACGUGGCCGCAGCCAACUAAUGCAGUGAAUAUCACCGUAACAGCCUUGAGGGAGAUUGUUCGCAAAACCGUCAUAUUUGCCCUCCUCCUGAAUCUUCUUCAAAAUGAGGCAAAUAAUCCUCCGGCGAACAUUGAUCCAGAAAUCGAUGAUGGCGUAAGAGUUGUAAUCCGGCCCUUCAACCUCAGUGACUAUCCCCUACGAAGGAUACCCUCUGUCCGUUGGGGCAGUGAAUACGCUAGUACCACAUAA